AUGGGCAGCCCGCGGCUCCUGCUGCUCGCCAGCGUCGCCUCCGCUGGACGCGUCUAUCACUUGACGGACAUUCAUGUCGAUCCCAUCUACGUCGUCAACAGCUCUACGGCUGCCUACUGCAACGGGCCCGUGAUCAAGAACGCGUCGCUUCAGGCGCCCAUCUUCGGUGCGCCGGUGGGCGAUUGCGCGACGCCCGAGGCUUUGUACGACUCCGCCCUCGCGUUCAUGGCGGACCAGCCGGCCGCGGACAUGGUGCUCUUCACCGGCGAUUUCACGCAGGCGGGCCUUCAGAGAGAGGCGGGCGCGGACUCCGUGUUGGACACGAUCGCGGCGACGCACGAGAAGCUGCGCGCGGCGCUGCCCGGCGUGAAAGUCUACGGCGCCGUGGGCAACCACGAUUCGUAUCCCGGCGACGUGUUCGACUUCCCCUACGAGGCGGGCUACGGGCACUUUGCGGCCCUGUGGGACGUCGAGGGCGACGCGAAGAACGCGACGCUGCGGGGCGGCUACUUCUCCCAGCGCCACGACGACGCGCUCGUCGUCAUCUCGCUGAAUACCAACUACCUAAGCAUGCUAAAUCCGCUCGUCAAGGACAACAGCUCGGCCGCGCAUCGCGCCGGCUUCGACAUGAUGGCGUGGUUCGGAGGCGAACUCGCCGCCGCGGAGCAGCGCGGCGACGUCGUCUACGUGCUCGGGCACAUCCCGGGCGAGUCCUGGCUGCCGGCCCACAGCCUCACGUACCAGCGCUUGAUGCAGCGCUACGCCGCCACCGUCAAGGGCCAGUUCUACGGCCACGACCACGAGGACUACGUGCGGCUGACGCGCGAGUGCGACGACGCGACGUGCACGGGCUCCGCGACGGGCGUCGUCUUCGUCGGCCCGUCGCUCACGGAGGGCUGGCCGAGCGAGAACCCGGCCGUGCGCGUCUACGUUACCGACGGAAACUACACCGUCGAAGACGCGCUGACCUACACCGCCGACAUCCUCGAAGCCAACGAAAAGGGCGCCGCGACCUGGGUGCUCGAGUACUCGGCGAAGGACCGGCUGCGCCUCGACGACCUGUCGCCGCGGUCCUGGGAGAAGUACGUCGCCCUCCAGCUCGCGACGAACGAAUCGGCGUUCGACGACCACGUCGCGCUGCGGCGCCGCGGCUACCGCGGCCCGCGGUCGCGGUCGUCCGGCGACCGCUGCGAGGCCCUCACGGACCCCUGCGCCGUGGACCUCCUCUGCAAGAGCAACUUCUUCAACGACGCGGACUACGCGUUCUGCGUCAAGAAUUAA